GCAAACAAAGUUCGAACUUGAUACAUUUUUAACAGGUGUUCACUGGUGCUUCUACUCGUUUUUAUAGUCUUAAUAGUCGUUUUUCUCAUUCAGUUGUUAUUUAAAACAAGAAAUCAUAAUGUUGUCGUAAUCUUACCUUAAAAAGUGAGCUCUAGUAGACUUAAAAAUGUUUAUAGAUGACAUAAAAACAGAUUUCUACGAUGUUCUGCUCGGGAAUAGAGUGUUGCUAUUAGUGCAUUGCGAUGUCGACGCGGUAUGUACAUGUAAAAUCCUCCAGGAGUUGUUUAAAUGUGAUAAUAUUUCAUACACGUUGGUGCCUGUGGGGGGUAUUUCCGAGUUGAAAACUGCAUACGAAGAGAAUAGUGAGGAAAUAAAGUAUGUGGUGCUGAUUAACUGCGGCGGCACUAUUGAUUUGGUGGAUAUCCUGCAGCCAGAAGAAGAUGUGGUGUUUUUUGUCCUGGAUUCACACAAACCAACAGAUAUUUGCAAUGUUUAUAGUGAUGGACAGGUGAGGCUAGUGCACAAAGACAGUGAAGAGAACAUUCCAAACUUUGAUGAUAUAUUUAGAGAUGAUGAAGAGGAAGAGAAUGAAGAACAAGCAAGUGGUAUGGAGGCUCUCGAGGCCAUGGUGGAGAAGAGGAAAGAGCGCCGCGCGUGGGAGGAGAGGCGACACACUCUCAUGUUCAACUACACACAGUUCUCUUACUAUGGGAAACCGAGUGCGAUGGUGGCGCUGGAGGUGUCAUGGCGAGCCUCUCGCGGCGGAACCGGUGCGCACUGGGCGGCCGCCGUCGCACUCACCGCGCACCAGGCCUCGCACGCACGGGCCCCCGCCGCCGCGCUGCUGGACGCGCACCCGCUGCACCGCCGCCUCGCAGCCACGCACCACCAGGACCACCAGGUACCACCGCCCCUACCACCCCACCAGGCCUCGCACGCACGGGCCCCCGCCGCCGCGCUGCUGGACGCGCACCCGCUGCACCGCCGCCUCGCAGCCACGCACCACCAGGACCACCAGGUACCACCGCCCCUACCACCCCACCAGGCCUCGCACGCACGGGCCCCCGCCGCCGCGCUGCUGGACGCGCACCCGCUGCACCGCCGCCUCGCAGCCACGCACCACCAGGACCACCAGGUACCACCGCCCCUACCACCCCACCAGGCCUCGCACGCACGGGCCCCCGCCGCCGCGCUGCUGGACGCGCACCCGCUGCACCGCCGCCUCGCAGCCACGCACCACCAGGACCACCAGGUACCACCGCCCCUACCACCCCACCAGGCCUCGCACGCACGGGCCCCCGCCGCCGCGCUGCUGGACGCGCACCCGCUGCACCGCCGCCUCGCAGCCACGCACCACCAGGACCACCAGUGUGCCCAUGUGGUACUAGAGAACGACGUUUGGCUGCCCCUCUAUCGGAGUUGGACUCUCGAGGCGGCGUUGCGCCACGCACCGGACAUCGCGCCAUACCUGAAGCUUCACACCCUCGCCGGAGACGCCCGGGUGCGGCAACUGCUUGCUGAUAUGGGGUACCCGGUGUCGCAGGCGCGGCAGUCGUUCGGCGCCAUGGACGUGGAGCUGCGGCGCGGGCUGCGGCCGGCGCUGGAGGCGGCCGCGGCGCGGCUCGGCCUGCCGCCGCCCGCGCGCGCCGCGCUGCUGCUGCGGGCCCCGCGCGCCGCGCCCCGCGCCGCGCUCGACCUCGCGCUGGGCGUCACGGCGCUGCUCCACCACUCGAUGCCCCGCGGUGUGGGGUUCCAGCACGCACUAGCAGCGCUGGACGUCAGCGGGCGCGGCGAGGAGAGCUUCACACUAGCGCUGCAAGCAGCGCGUGCAGCGCUGCAAGCGACUGCAGCACUCGCUAACGCCACGCUCGCCGCCCGCGCCACACACCUCGCCGGGCCCUUCGGGUACUUCGUAGUGCAGGAGGGCUCGGCGGGGGCGGGGUGGGCGCGCGGGGCGGCGUGGCUGGCGGCGGCGGCGCGGUGGGUGUCGCGCGCGCGUCCGGGGGGCGCGCCGCUGCUGGCGAGCGCGCCGCGCGGGGACGACACCUGUCUGCUGCUCGGCAUCCCGCCCAACUACGACGACGAGCCGCGCAAUUUGUUCGGCGCGGCGUUCGAGCAGGCGGCUAGUCGCUGCGGGGCUUCAGUGCAGCUCGACUACGUGGACUCGUGGGUGGUGGCGCUGCCCACUGCGCAGCGCCCGCAGUUCCUCGACGCACUCACCGCGCUGCUCGCCUGACCACCACCUACCGUCGACCACUCACCACUCACCAUCGGUGCAGCUCGACUUCGUGGACUCAUGGUUGUUGGCGCUGCUCGCUAUACAACGUCCGCAGUCCCUCUACGCACUCACCGCUCUGCUCGCCUGACCACUACCAUCCACCACUUACAAUAUCAUGACACUUACCAUCAGGUUGUUGUACCAUCACCUUGUUUGCAAUUGCAGUUACGAGAACAAAAUGCAUUUGUAUAUAGAAUGAUUAUGUAAACUAUUUUAAGUUGAUUGUGAAA